AUGGAAAGACUGCGUAAUGCGGCGAAUGCGGCUCUCCAACAGCCAGCACUCACGCCCAUUCCAGACUUAAUCCUAGCGGACCUCACUCCAAUCGCUGUCAGUCAGCUAUGGCAAGAAACAUCCACCUACAGUAGCUCAGAUAACAGCGAAAUUCUUCAAAACCUCCUCAUUGCUGAGGCGUCUUUCAGAAAACAGUCUCCUGAGAACUUGUCGGACAUGGAUAAGAGUGCCAUCAACAGAUUCUACGCCUGGGCUACGCAGGAUGAAAGUCGACAACGGUCUACGCUCGCUGUGUCGGUCAUUUCACGGCUGAACGCCCUGCUUCCAUUUGAGCAGUCCGAAUGCGUGUCCAGUGUCGUUAUUGCUUUGGCAAGCUUCUCCUCAGAUGCAGACGCGUGGAAUACACAUGAGGCCUUCACUGCUUCCACUGCCAUGCUGAGGGACUUCGUAGAGGCAUCGUCUUUCUGGCUGACAAUAGAAUCCAUCCUCAAAAGCCGGGUCCGACCUAUCUUCGCCAAAGCGAAGAACCCGGCCAUCACGGAAUCUGGCCGGAAGAAUUUCCACCCUAUUCCGUUGCCACGAUUUGAUUCGAGUAUUCUAGAUCCUGAGACGAAGCCAUGGAAGUUGCAAGACGCCUACAUCACGACUGUUUUCGCCUGGAUUGUCAACCAAUACAAGCCCACCGACAUCAACACCCUUGAAGCCCACUUCCCCCUCCUAGUCCCGCCUACUCUCUCCUUGAUAGACGACAGCAGCCAUUUCUACAAGCGCCUAGGCUGUAUCUUGCUUUCCCAAUUCCUAGUCCCCAUUCGUGAAAGCAAAUCAGAUAUUCUCCGCCGGACAAACCUCUCCUCUGUCUUCGAGGACGCUAUCAGACCACUCUUCCACUCCCUACCAACAAUCACGCCAGAAGAUGACUCUAUCCAGCUUCUCAGUGAAGCAUACCCCGCGCUGCGUUCUCUCGUCCAAACGAGCUACAGACUAUCAUCGGCCACGAACCGAAGUACCUCGUCCCCUCGACAGCUAACAGACGAAGAGAAGUUUAUAUCAACUACAACAAAAACUCUACGCGACCAUCUCAUCCCAUCCUUUCACCACAUCAGCUCAACGAACCCAACCACGAGCUCAGGCUCUACCUUCGCUUCCUUUCCUCAUCCGCGCCUCUCAACUUUCCUUCUUGAACAGAUCGCAAUAACCUGUGCAGAAAUCGGUAUUCAUACAACCAAAUAUCUUCAAGAGAUCAUUCCGCUCAUCUACAGCACACUCUCCAACCCCUUUGGCACUGCACACCCACCUCUCCUUCUAUCCGCACUUUCCGCCACAAGAGCCGUGAUUCUCAACGCAUACCCGCGGUUAUGGAGAUGGCGGGGGGAGAUGCUUGGUGCUAUCUGCUCAUGCUGGAUUCAUAUCUUUGAAGAAGAGGGAGAAUCAAAGCGUGUUGAUGGGAACAAAGCAGACGAGCUGGGAAACUUAAAGAAACAACUUCAAGGCGCCGUGUAUCUGCUUAGAUAUGCACUUGAGCAUCCUGUGCAUGUGAAUACCGAUCACGGGCAACGGGAGGCAAAGGAGAACAUUGGGAAGGAGAUACAAAUGUUGGUUGAGGCUGAUGAGAGUUUGAAGACGUGCCUACUUGCUGAAAUUAACUCUGAUGACCCGACUUAUUUUGGAUACAACACAUGA